CUGGGCACACCGCAACCACCCGGCUUUUCCCGCCUCCUCUUCCUUAUCGCCAUUCGUUCUCCAUUCGCCAAUUGGAUCUUGUCGCGAAACUUUCAACUAUAGUACAAAUAUGUCUGCUACCGAGGGCAAGGUAAUCACAUGCAAAGCUGCUGUAGCCUGGGAGGCCAAGAAGCCGCUGGUCAUCGAGGACAUCCAGGUGGCGCCGCCCAAUGCGCAUGAGGUGCGCAUCAAGAUCACGGCCACAGGUGUCUGCCACACGGAUGCCUUCACCCUCAGCGGUGCGGAUCCGGAGGGUCUUUUCCCAUCCGUCCUUGGCCACGAGGGUUCCGGCAUCGUCGAAAGCGUUGGCGAGGGAGUUACCAACUUCAAGGCAGGCGACCAUGUCAUCGCCCUGUACAUCCCGCAGUGCAACGAGUGCAAGUUCUGCAAGAGCGGCAAGACGAAUCUCUGCCAAAAGAUUCGACUGACCCAGGGCGCUGGAGUCAUGCCCGACGGCACCUCCCGCCUUAGUUGCAAGGGUCAACAGCUGUUCCACUUCAUGGGCACCUCCACUUUCGCCGAGUACACGGUUGUAGCUGAUAUUUCGCUAACCAAGAUCAACGAGAAGGCACCGCUGGAGAAGGUCUGUCUGCUUGGCUGCGGCAUCUCCACGGGCUACGGAGCCGCGCUGAACACAGCCAAGGUGGAACCCGGAAGCACCUGCGCUGUAUGGGGCUUGGGAGCUGUAGGAUUGGCCGUCGGACUUGGCUGCAAGAAGGCUGGCGCCGGCAAGAUCUAUGGCAUCGACAUCAAUCCCGACAAAUUUGAGUUAGCCAAGAAGUUUGGCUUCACCGACUUUGUCAACCCCAAGGAUGUGGCCGACAAGGGAUCCAUCCAGAACUACCUGAUUGACCUGACCGAUGGUGGAUUCGAUUACACAUUCGAGUGCAUUGGCAAUGUGAACACCAUGCGCUCCGCUUUGGAGGCCACUCACAAGGGAUGGGGCACCUCGGUGGUGAUCGGAGUGGCCGGUGCUGGCCAGGAGAUCUCCACUCGACCCUUCCAGCUGGUCGUGGGUCGCGUGUGGAAGGGAUCCGCCUUCGGAGGCUGGCGCUCCGUUUCGGAUGUGCCCAAACUGGUGGAGGACUACUUGAAGAAGGAUCUGCUGGUGGACGAGUUCAUCACCCACGAACUACCGCUAUCUGAGAUCAACGAGGCAUUUGACCUGAUGCACAGGGGCGAAAGCAUUCGCUCCAUUAUCAAGUACUGAGUAUGAGAUAACGUUCGAGUGACGUCCGAGAUGAUUUUCUUUUCACUUUUUAUACCAGCUGGCAAUUGCAUGCGAUUGCUUAGAAUAAUAAACACCCAGUAUAUAUGUAA